AGUCUAAUGCACACACACGCACACACACACACACACACGCAAGAAGAAGAAGGGGAAAAAAAGUCUGAGAGGACGGGGGGUGUGCAAAACACAUCUCAGGAAAAUCGCACUGUAGAUGUGAUUGGCAAACACAUUAUUCUAUCCGAGCGUCCCGGGAUUAUCGUGACGUCACGCCGGUACCCUGCAUGGAUGAAUGCUAAAGAACUAUAGAGGCACAAAAUAAUGGCACAAGCAGAAGUCCAUAUCUUGCAAGUGUUACGUUAUCCUUUUAGCUUUCUUCUGCACUAUAGCAACAAUAUCUUUUGCACUUGAUUAGGAUUUACUCUUUGUUCCCUUAAGGGGAUUAUACAAACAUAUAAAACUAAGGGGCAGGCGCAAACACACACACACACACACACACACACACACAGUUCUUCUUAAGUAGCCGAGAGAUAUCUAUUAUUGAGAGAAAGGCCGAGUGUGGAAAUGCCCGCAAGACGCUGGAUCUGAACCAGAUUUGGCUCCCAUCGAUCAGAGGAGAAGAUUAUUGCUGAUGGUAACCAAAGACGCAGCUAUGUCUUUCUCCCAAUUUGGAUAUCCUUACAGUGCAACUUCUCAGUUUUUCGUGUCGUCAAAGCCCAGUACGACUUGCUGCGAUUCGAUUUCCAGGUCGGUACCGGACGGUUCGAGUGCUCCCCAGGCUGCCGCCGCCGCGUCCUUCUGCUGCCCGCCCGCCUGUGACAAGCGGCUGGUGUCGGGAGCGCGCGCGGAGCUGAGUGCGGCGCUCGGGGUGUACGGCUCCCCUUACGCACCGGCACACGCGUACGCCAACUACUUCCAGUACGGAGCGGAUUCCUCUGCCAUCUACUCCACACUGAAUCCUCAGUAUGAUAUUAAGGAAAGCGCAGGAAGCCUUCAUGGUGGGAUCAGCCAGCCCAAUGCUUAUUACCCAUAUGACCACUCACUGGGCCAGUAUCAGUAUGACAGGUAUGGGACCGUCGACUUUAACAGUUCAGCCAGGAGGAAGAAUGCCACGCGUGAGACGACGAGCACUCUCAAAACAUGGCUUUACGAGCACCGCAAGAACCCGUAUCCAACCAAGGGUGAGAAGAUCAUGCUGGCCAUCAUCACCAAGAUGACCCUCACCCAAGUGUCUACCUGGUUCGCCAAUGCCAGAAGGAGACUGAAGAAGGAGAACAAGAUGACUUGGUCACCUAAGAAUAAGGCCAUAGAUGACAAGAAGGAGAUCCUGGAUAAGACAGACCAGAAAUCUGUCACCAAAGACUCUAAAGACUGCAAGGAGGAUCAGGACCUCCAUCUUAGUGACCUUGACAACAUGGAAGACGAUGAGGAUGAGGACUGUGACAAGCUGGACAGUGACUGCGAGAAACCCAGCCAAGCUAUGGCAUCGCUCCCUCUGCCCUCUCUGCCCAUCUCCAGCCCUCCAAAGAGAGACUGCAGCUCUAACCUUCCUUCCCCUUCCUGUUUCCCUGCAUUCCCCUGCAAAGUGAAAGGUGUUAUGGCACUCGUUCCUGACUUGGACACUUCAGGCUCCAAACAGCAACCACAACAGCUUCCAGCUUUACAUCCGUCCUCCGUUAGUCCGAUUUCCCUGCCUAAUUUCCAAGUACUGGAUCAGAAGCCAAGGAUUUGGUCCCUGGCCAGAACCGCUGCUACUGGAAUGACCCAGCACAGACAGGAAUUACAAACUGAAUGCCAGCUACAAGCUGCUAGGGUGCCAGUGGUGGGGAGCACUGGGCACUGUGCAGGUUCCAAGGGUCUCCAAGACCCAACAAACUUGGGGAACUCUGAGAGCUUGUUUGAAGAAGCAGCACCGGGGUUGAAUAAGGUGUACAGUGCAGCGAACUACAGAGGCCUACAACUCCACUGUUCCUCAUAUCAGGCUGUGACAGACUCCUACCAGUACUCCACGAUGGAAGGAUUUUGCAGUGGAGGGAAGUCGGAGACAGAGUCCUCGGAGCUCAGUGACAUAUGUCUAACGCUGCAGGAUGCCAAGACAACCGCUUUCAGACCUGUGAUGAAGAGGUGAGGCAGGCUGACCAAAGCUCUGUCCUUAAGCACCGGCACGUUUCUGUAACUUCAUUCAUUCACUGUGGAUCCGAAAUAAAGAAGAUGAAGAGAAAAGCGCGUGACCGACCGGAACUCGCCAAGUGCGCGCGACCAGCCAGCUGCUUUGUGAACGCGGAGGUAGCCAGCAUUUUGCACAGUAUAUGAUUCUUGACGGUGUUAAUGACUUUAUGCAAUAUUUAAAUAAAUGCAAGUGUUAUAUAUUAAAAUAAUAAUAAUUUGAAAAAACUAUCCGUGAGUUCUGAUGUCCGCACCGGCAAUCGUAGUUUGGUGAUCUUAUUUAUUAUGCAUUUAUAAUUUUAAUGUUUAUUUAUUUCGCACCAUGAUGCGUCUCAUCUGUGUUUCUGAUGUGAAGUUUAUUUAUUUAUUUAUUUUCUGUUCUCAAUGUUUACCUGUUGUUUUUUCCCCUCCUUUGAGAACAAAUGUGAAGCUUGCUUAUUUAUUUAUUUAUUUAUUUAUUUGAACUGAAUACAGAAGCCUAAAGAUUGAUCCAAAGGCUAUUCUCGGGAAAACAAUACAAAACAAAAACAGUAUUAAUAACAAUGAUCUUGACCCAUCAUUAUUCUAUUUAUAAGCCUUUUUAUAAGAAUGCAAUCUUUUUUUUUUUCCCCCCAAGUCUGUCAUUUCUGUGUCAUGAUUUCCUUGCUUACUAAUGGGCCGAUUAAACAUUUCAAACUCUUCUCUUAUUGAUCCAAGUUGAUCUUGAAUUUUGGAGGGUUAAUAUGCUGAUAAACAGGACGUCAGUCCUUCAUUGUCAGCAUUUAAUCUGAAGCCCUGGACACUUAAAUCUGAAUGCAGUACUGUAUUAAUUUGCACACCAGAGUCAUGAAGGUACACUAUCUCAUUGUCAAUGCUGAAUGAAUCUUCCAAUGUUGAAUGGAUGAUCUCAGAUUUCUGAAAAAAAAGUGUAAAUGAAAUACAAUCUGGCUACAAAAUGUAUUUGUGAACAGCUGAAUUUGGAUCUACUGUAUAUAGACACUAAGUGUACUGAUAUCCCUUAUUUGUCCGUAUCGCUGGUGUGAUAGCAUCAACGGUACCACCAUCCUUACCUUCCUGUAUCAGUUACCUGUGAAGGUGCAUGUAGUGUCUCUUUAAUUAGCUUUUAGAGCAAAGCUUUAUUAAGGAUACAUCAGUAGCCCUUACAGUACAGAAGGUGUAUGUUUGAUGGUACUAGCCCCAGGGAUAAGGAAGGUUCAGUUUGGUACCUUUAUUUCUUGGCCUAUGUAAGGAUACAGUGCUGCAGGCUGUUUUGAGGGUUCUUCAAAAGGUUCUUUGUAUAGGUAAGGGCUUUAGCUUCCUAAAUAGUUCAUGGUUAGAACCUUUCUCAAAGCAAGCACAGUGUUGCAGGAUCUCCACACCCCCUGCAACCAAAGGAACGGAGAAAUAACUUUUUUUUUUUAAGUGUGUAUUUUCAGAGAACGUGUUAGGCACCAAUUAAACUUUUAUACCAACAAACAAACAAACAAACAAACACAAUGUAGUUAUACUUCAAAGGCCACAAAAGAAGCCACUGACGUACAGAUUUUGUCUGUUGUACAUUAAAUAGACAAAAGAUUAAACUGUAUUUCAUGUGGUACUGGAAGGAUUAAAUCAUGUAAUAAAGGCCUUGCCUUGAUUCAAAACAUCUAGUCCGUUUGAGAAAUAGAGAGUGUGUGUAAAGUGUGUGUGCUGGCUUCAGCAGAAAAAUUCAAUAAUACAAUAAAUGUCAAGCCCCUGCUUUAGUCAUACUGUAUAUGCACCUGAUAAACCAGAUAAAGCAGACUACAGCAUGUCAACGCAUAAAGGACCUGUUUAUUAUAAAUCAAAAUGUAGACAUUGAAAUCUACCAAACAUGGCUAUUAGAUAUUGUUCACCGGAUUAGUGUCCAUAGAUAUUGGACACUAGCUGUUGCCUUUUUUUCUUUGGUCUUGUAUGAUAAAAGAGACAGUAAAAAUGGGUCGAAAUCAUAAAGGUAUAUAAAGGUGACAUGAUUAAUGUAUUUUCUUUUGCAUUAUUUUUUUAAAUAAUAUUUUAUAUUAAAGGUCAGUGGAGCUUGGUUUAAGAUGAUCCGUUUGGCUCUCCAGUUUUAUGCAAUCUGUCGAAAUAUAAUCUAUACAUAAUCUCUCAGGGUCGUAUUCCGAAUACUGUUUUGAUUAAGGCAAAGUCGGAGUUGGACAUGGUCC